AUGAAUGCGGUUCGUUUACCGGUAAAAUUAAUUGGAGUGAAAGAUCUAAUAAGACCACCGGAACCAACUGUAUUAAGUGAAAUCAUUACCAGAGCUAAAGAAUCAAUAUAUGAAUCAAUUAGAAAACGACCACUUGGUUGUUCACCUAUACAACAGCAUAUACCAGCUCAUUUAGAUAAAUAUAAAACAACAUUUGGCAUAAAAACUGAGAAAGGAGAUAAAGCAGGUGAUUUAAUAAAUCCACCAAGAAAACGUAUGGACAUCAUCAAUGAAGAAUUGCAGAAUCAUGAACAUUAUCUUAUUUCACAUAAACAUUUAUUUCCUGGUGAACAAGCGCAUAGAAAUUAUAAAAAUUUCGAUGAUAAAAAAGUAUUUGGUAUGCAGACAAAUUUAAAUCGACAAGGGAUACUUGUACGUCAAGCAAUGAAUUGGAUAUUGAAUGAUAAUGAUGAUGUAUCGGGUAAAGUUAAAGAUCUGAAACAUGAUACCAUCAUGAAUGUUCCAGAUGGACAUGUAUUUGGAUUACCUGGUAAAAGUCAUGAUAUAACAGCUGGUCAGUUGUUACAUGAUUUAUUACCAAGAAAAUUAACUGGAUUACACAAUGACACCAAUAGUGCUUCCAAUCAAGAUGAGUUGAGCAAGAAAAACUAUGUACGAUAUAGUGAUCGAUUCAAAUUAAUGAAAGUGGUUAUACAUCAUGCUCUUAGAAAAGCACAUUACACACAUGGACCAGAAAUAAUAGCUGUUCUUUGUCAAUUAGCUGAUAAAUCAAAUCUUGUUUCAAUGCUUGAUGCACGUCGGAUUUAUUAUCAUUUUCAAGUACCAUUGGAUGAAGAAUUAACAGAACACUUGUUUGAUUUAAUCACAAUACCAGCAUCAGAUGAAAUGAUCAAACAUAUUCAACAAUGUAUCAAACAAAAUGAACAGAAUGAUUUAAAUGAUGAGAAACAUCAUUAUAUUGUGAAUGAUAUGAUUAAUUGGGCUGUGGAUUUAUGUAAAUUCAGUGAAUUAUUAAAUUGGAAUCAUGAUAAAUCUAUGCAAAAAUGUAGUUCUAACGUUACUACUACUACUAUUACCAAUAACAAUAGUAGUAGUAGUAGUGAUAGUGUCAUUAAACCAGAAUGUUGUGAGGAUAGUGACUUGAUACGCAAACGUCUUCAACGAGCUAUUCAAGCGAAUAUUCACUAUUGGACUACAACAAAUUCUACAUAUGCUGGUAAUAGAAAUGGUGUAAUUAAUACAACUGAUUGGGAAAGAUUGGGUGAAAAAUGCAUACAAUACGAUAAAUUAGUACCUAAGUUUCGUCGAAGUACUGAUUGGGUAAAUUAUGGAGAUGAAGCAGGUGUUGGAUCAAUAAUCAAUCCGAAUAUAUUCACAGAUUAUGGAUUAAAUAGUAGAGAUCUAUUAAUUCUACGUAAUAAACAAGAUAUAUUGAAUAUAUUUACUGAAGCUAAUUUAAGUUCAUUAUUCAAUGCUUCUUUAAAUUUCGACAAAGUUUGGCAAAUGGCAAUCAGUUUAGACAAAGCAUUAUUGGGUACGAAAGCACCGACAACCGACGAUCAAGUCACUUUACAUUCAUUUAAAGAUGCUUUAUUUAAACUGCUUCAUAAAGAAUGUUAUCAACCGGAAAAUGGAUCGUGAAUACAUUUACGAAAAUAGUGUCAAUGCAUGAUUUAUGAUUGUUAUUAUUAUCAUUAUUAUAUGAUAAGUAAAAG